AUGCAGGAAUAUGAUAUUAUAGUGCUUGGAACUGGACUUAAGGAAUGCAUCCUCUCUGGUUUAAUGUCUCUAAGUGGGAAAAAGGUUCUUCACAUUGACAAAAAUCCCUACCAUGGUGGAGAGAGUGCAUCCAUUUCCCCCCUUGAGGAGCUGUACAAGAAGUUCAAGGUUCCAGGUCCUGCUAAAUCUAUGGGCCGUGGGAAAGAGUGGAACGUUGACCUCAUCCCCAAAUUUUUUCUUGCCAAUGGUCAGCUGGUGAAAAUCUUGGUGCACACUGAGGUUACUCGGUAUCUGGACUUCAAAGUCGUUGAAGGCAGCUAUGUAUACAAAGCAGGAAAAGUGCACAAAGUCCCCGCCACAGAGGAGGAUGCCCAUGCUUCUGAUCUGAUGGGCAUGUUUGACAAGAGGAGGUUCAGGAAGCUGCUGCUCUUCGCCCUGAACUUUGACGUGAGAAACCCUCGGACCUACCAGGAUGUGGAUCCUAACAAAACAACCACACGGGACCUUUUCUGCCGCUUUGACCUGGGAUUAGAUGUGAUGGAGUUCACAGGUCAUGCUAUAGCCUUACACAGCAGUGAGAGUUACCUGGACCAGCCCUGUGUGGAAACCAUCAGACGGAUCAGGCUGUACGCUGAGUCUUUGUCCCGCCUCAACACCAGUCCAUACCUCUACCCUGUGUACGGGCUGGGAGAAUUACCACAGGGAUUUGCCAGACUGAGUGCAGAGUACGGAGGAACUUUCCUGUUGAACAGAGCAGUGGAUGAGAUUGUGAUGGACAACGGCAAAGUAAAAGCUGUGAAAUCUGAGGGGAAGCUGUUCCACUGUAAACAGCUGAUCUGUGAUCCCAGCUAUGUUCCCAACAGAGUGAGGAAAAUGGGCCGUGUCAUAAGGGUCAUAUGUUUGUUAAAUCAUCCAGUUAAAAACACCAAUGAGGCCAGCUCCUGCCAAAUCAUCAUCCCACAAGCUCAACUCAACAGGAAAUCAGACAUUUACAUAUCUGUAGUGUCCUACACCCACAAUGUGGCCUCAGAUGGGAUGUACAUCGCCACAGUGAGCACCACUGCAGAAACCAGCAACCCAGAGAAGGAGGUGCAGCCUGGGCUGGAGCUUCUGGAGCCUAUCAUGCAAAAAUUUGUUACAGUCAGCAACCUGUUUGUUCCCAACGAGGAUGGAAAGAAGAGUCAGAUAUUUGUGUCUCGCUCAUAUGAUGCAACAAACCACUCUGAGACUGAAUGUGAGGACAUCAAAGACCUGUACCACCGGAUCACAGGAGCAGAGCUGUGCUUCGGGGGAUCACAGAGACACCAGUCUCACAACUCCGAUGACGACUGA